GUGUCAACCAGCGCAGAUCACGUGAUUGAUGACGUAUGACGCGCCAAAUGCAUCAUUCACCUGAACCAGGUUUCAGAUCUCAGGUGUGUUCGAUCAGAAGGGCGCGAUGUUGUCUAUAAAUAUAGAUGAAUCCCAAACAACGUUUCCCGACCAGUUCUGUUGUUUCCCGUGUAUCGUAAGAAUCAACGUCAUGGCACCCGGUAAAAAACGUUCUGUGGCUUGGGAUCAUUUCAACUUGAUUUCUCCAAAUAAGGUAAUACACUAUUAACGUUAUUUUAUUAGUAGCCAUUGCUGAUUAUGUCAGUUUUAUGGGUAUGUCUGUCAGUUGAAAGGAAACAUUUUUAUUCUUUCCAUUUCUUUUUUAGGUGCAAUGUUUAAUUUGCAAACAUGAAUUUGCAUUUAAUGACAGUACAUCCUCCAUGAUGCGACAUCUCCACUCGGUUCAUCAUGUUGAAACUCCGCAGUCGGCAAAUCAAGCCUUCAAUCCACCUCAUAUUGUGUCAAGAAAGCAAGAACUUGAUUCUGCAUUGGUGGAUAUGAUUGUAAUGGAUGCACAACCAUUUUCAAUUGUUGAAGACAAGGGCUUCAAGGUAAGGUGGCUAAUAUUAUAUAGCAUUUACAUUAUUUAUGUCUUUCUGGAUAUAAUAAGCUGUAUUUUAUUUGUCACUUUUAGGCUUAUGUCAACCUGUUGUACCCAUCCUACAUAAUUACUAAUAGGAAGGCAUUGAGGACAAUGGUGGAGGAGAAGUAUAAAGCCAAAAAGGAGAAGGCUUUAGAUGUGGUUAGCAGGGCCUCUGCUGUCAGCCUUACAGCAGACAUGUGGACAUCCAUUAACAUGGACGCUUACUUGGCUGUAACAUGCCAUUUUAUCACCGAGGAGGUGGAGCUGGCCUCUGUGGUCUUGGGGGUUCUGAAGUUUCCCCAAACCCACACUGCAGCUCACUUGGCUGAGGCCAAAAAUCUUCUCAUGGAAGAAUGGGGAAUUAAAGGGAAGGUGACAGGCCUGGUUACAGACUGUGCUCCCAACAUGGUUGCGUGUGCUAAUACAUUACUACUUCGGUACAUAAUGUGUUUUGCACAUAUGCUUAAUUUGGUGGUGAAAAAGUCCCUUGCCCAAACCCCUGAACUAGAGGAUAUCCGAAGUAAGGGGCGUAGGAUUGUUGGUCUUUUUAAGUCCAGCACCACAGCGAAGGAGAAGCUGUCAGAGAUGCAGCGACAGCUGGCCAGGCCAGAGCACAAAUUAAUACAAGAGGUGGAAACAAUAUGGAACAGCACAUUUAAUAUGUUGGAAAGGCUGUUUAAGGAGAGAGAGCCACUGGGGUCAGCUCUGGCCAUCCUACAUACAGACCUUCCUCCACUCACCUCAGAGGACUACCAGGCCAUACACCACUGCUUGAGCGUUCUUUCACCGUUUCAAGAGGCCACAGUUGAGCUUUCGACAGAAAAACGAGUGUCAGCAUCCAAAGUCAUUCCCAUGGUCAAAAUGCUGAAACAUUACAUCUCAAGCAGGUGUGGUCAGAUCACACACCCACUUGGUGAAAAACUGGCCACUAACUUGAAGAACAAUCUCUAUGAGAGGUUUUCAGCUCUGGAGAAGGUCACUGCUCUGUCAAUGGCAACCUUGUUGGACCCAAGGUUUAAAGAGCUGGGGUUCUGCAGCCAAGGCUCUGCCCACACGGCCAUAGAGCGACUCACUAAAGAGUGUGCUGCAACAAUGCAGGCGCAACUUCCAGAGGCACAGCCACAGUCGCCACCUAGAGAAGGUCCUUCAAGUCAGCAGGAAGAUGGUAGUCUCUGGGCCCUGCUGGACAGGCAUGUGGGGGUUCAACAGCAGGUGACCAGCACAACUGCCAGUGCAACAGUGGAGGUUCAGAGGUACUUAAAGGAACCUCACAUCCCAAUGGGUUACCCACAAAGUUUUAUACCCACAUCUCUACAAGCUGGCAAUGAAGUUUCUAUAAUCACCAGCUUCAUCUGUGCCUUGUGAGAGGAUCUUCACCAAGGCUGGCGAAAUCGUCAGCCAAAGACGAAACAGGCUGAAGCCCAGCACAGUGGAGAAAAUUCUGUUUUUAAAUAAAAAUCUAUGACAUGUA